AUGGUGGAGGAGAUAACUGCCUUAGAUGAUAAUUGUACUUGGGAUUUAGUUUCUCUCCCUAUAGGAAAGAAGGCUAUCAGUUGCAAAUGGGUGAUUGCAGUUAAAGUCAAUCCUGAUGGUUCUGUUGGCCGGUUAAAAGCACGCCUCGUAGCGAAAGGCUAUGUACAAACUUAUGGCGUUGAUUAUGCUGAUACUUUUUCUCCUGUAGCAAAAAGGGCAUCUGUGAGGUUGUUGAUAUUAAAAAUGCAUUUCUUCAUGGUGAUCUUCAAGAAGAGGUGUAUAUGGAUCAACCACCAGGGUUUGUUGCUCAGGGGGAGAAUGGAAUGGUGUGUCACCUUCAUAAAUCCUUGUAUGGAUUAA